CCCCCUUUUUGGGUCGCUCUCUCUCCCUCUGCCGUCGCUGGCUGCGGCUGUUAAAUUUUAAACUGCCCUGCACUCCGCUUCCAGUAUGCUGGGAGUCGUGAAAAUGGAAGGACACGAGCACGCCGAGUGGACCAACUACUAUGGCGAGCCGGAGGGUUACUCGUCUAUGAACGCGGGCCUGGGCAUGAACAGCUACAUGGGCAUGGCUGGCAUGGGCCCGGCGGGCAACAUGACCACGGUGGCGACCAGCGGCUCGAUGGGUAUGUCUUACGCAGCCGGCCCGGCGGGCAUGAGCCUCUCCCCGGGCGCGGGGGCCAUGGCCGGCAUGGCGGCCCACCUGAGCCCCAGUUUGAGCCCGCUGGGCGGCCAGGCCGGCUCCAUGGGGGGCGCGCUGGGCGCCUACUCGGCCCUGAGCCCCGUCGGGGGCGGCGGCGGCGGCGCCUACGGCCAGGCGGCCGGGCUGGGCCGCUCGCGGGACGCCAAGAGCUACCGGCGCAGCUACACGCACGCCAAGCCGCCCUACUCGUACAUCUCGCUCAUCACCAUGGCCAUCCAGCAGUCGCCCAACAAGAUGCUGACCCUGAGCGAGAUCUACCAGUGGAUCAUGGACCUCUUCCCCUUCUACCGGCAGAACCAGCAGCGCUGGCAGAACUCCAUCCGCCACUCGCUCUCCUUCAACGACUGCUUCCUCAAGGUGCCGCGCUCGCCCGACAAGCCCGGCAAAGGCUCCUUCUGGACGCUGCACCCCGACUCGGGCAACAUGUUCGAGAACGGCUGCUACCUGCGCCGCCAGAAACGCUUCAAGUGCGACAAGCCGCCGGGCCCCAAGCAGCAGCAGCCGCCGCCGCAGCAGCAGCACCCGCAGGGGACCCCGUCGGGCCACGGCAAGAAGGCGCCUUCGCAGCCGCAGCCCGAGCGCGACCUGCCCAACGGAGGCCCCGAGUCGCCCCGCGCCAGCGCCUCCCCCUGCCACGAGCACAAGCGCGCCCUGGCCGACCUGAAAGGCCACCCCGAGCCCGCCCCCUCGCCCGCCCAGCCCCAGCCGCAGCAGCACCUGCUCGCCCAGCAUCACGCCCACGCCGGACUGGCCCACGAGGCCCACCUCAAGGCCGAGCACCAGCACCACUACGCCUUCAACCACCCCUUCUCCAUCACCAACCUGAUGUCCUCCCCCGAGCAGCAGCCGCCGCCGCCUCCCCACGCCCACCCCCACGCCCACCCCCCGCAGCACCCCCACCAGCACCCCCACCCCAAAAUGGACCUCAAGGCCUACGAGCAGGUGAUGCACUACGCCGGCGGAGGCUACGGCUCCCCAGUGCCCGGGAGCUUGGCCAUGGGCUCGGUCACGAACAAAAGCGCCCUCGAGGCCGCCGGAGACCCUUCCUAUUACCAAGGGAUUUACUCGCGACCCAUCAUGAACUCGUCUUAGGGG